AUGAAGAGCAAACGUGCGAAGUGGGAGCCAGGCAGUGGAAGCCAUGUAUGCUCUAAGCAUUUUAAAGUGGAUGCUUUUGACAAAAUAUUGAAUUUGCCCGGACAAGAGAAUACGUAUCGACAAAAGCUAAAGAAGGAUGACCUAGGAAUUGCAUCGUUUCCAUCUAUAUUUUGUACGGAUGAGACGGAAAAACAGCUUUCAGGCAGAGCAGCCAGAGCAAUCAAAUGCAAGGUGAGUAAAUAUUUAUAAAACCCAUUUAUCAAUGAACUCUUUGUUUGUAUUUUUACUUCACGCCCUUCAAUAACUUAUUCUCUUAUAAUAUUUUCAGUAUGCAGCUGGAAAUGAACCAAGCAGUCCUCAAGAACCAGGAUGUUCAUCAGACUGUGUUGAACCUGAAGCAGAAAUGGACUUAGCUAUAGAAAUACCGAAUAUCAAUAUCGAGCGUCAUGUAAGUAGCAAAAUAGCAUUAUUUCACGUUGUGGUGACUUCAAUAUGUAUUCAUGUUGAAGACUAUAUUUGACUAUUUAUAAUAAAAGUGGACUGUUUUAAACUAAGGUGCUACAAAAUAUUUUAUCUGUAUAUUUCUAAUUUUUUUAUAACGAUAUUCUUUAGGAGCAGCCGGUUCAUGAGGAAUUCACACAGACACUUCAAUGGCUGGUACGGAUUGCAAUUACUCUCUGGAAUUACAAGAGAGGAACCGAAUUCUUCGCAAUCAAGUCAUAUGUUAUUAUUUGCGUGUGUGUCGAUGACUUAGCAUAUUGCGGUAGGCAGACUCCCUUCUGUGUCGCCCAUGCAUCCUUGACAUAGUUUAUGUAAAUUGUGUAGUCAUUGUAAACGCCCUAUUUAUUUAGACUAUAAAUAUAUAGAGGUUGUCCUUAAUAAAGCAGAUUCUGAGUGUGUUGAAGUGAUAUGAUUAUUGGGAUCCCGGGACGCUACAAAUCUGGUUGCAGCGGUAAAACUAAAAUUAAAGCAAUAUGUCUUUCAAGUAUUUUACCGGGAAGAUUUGACAAUGGUAAUUUCGAGUGUUGGUUGCGCAAGUUUGAUGCAUGUUGUGACACAAACGGCUGGAAAGUAGCUGGGGAGUGUGACGAUAAGAUUUUUAAACUGCCAGCGUUCCUUCGGGGUAAAGCUGCCAGUCAUUUUUAUGCAAUUCCAGCCAAAUGACGUACAAAAUACAAAGAUGCCGUCGCUGAACUGAAGAAAUCCUUAUGUCCUGCUGCCCAACGUGAGAUGCUUUACGCUUUAUUCGAAAGUUGUGACCUUCGAACAGGUGAAGAUCCAGGCGUCUACAAAUGGGAGUUAGAAAAUAUCCUCGCGAAGGCUGAUCCAGAGUUGUCAUCACGUUUCUGUCACAGCUGA